AUGUGCCACUUUUGUCAUGUUCUUUCUAAAAAUCCACAAGCACCACAACAUCGCAGUGCCAAUUGUAUCGAUAAAGCAAAUGUUUCUUCAACAGUGCCCAUGAGCAAAAGAACCUAUGAAAAUGGAAAACGCAUCAGUGAGGCAAAUAAAAAUCCGACAUGUAGUGUUUGUCUGGAUAAACCACCCGACAUGGUAUUUAUCCCAUGCGGUCAUGUAACCACAUGCGAAACAUGUUCAUCACUUGUAUCGAACUGCCCCAUUUGCCGUAAAAACAUUGCUAACAAACAAAGAAUUUAUCUUCCUUGA